UUCCUGGAACCUCCAUGAAUGACCCAUCACACACUUGGUUACAGAUAUAUGGUAGCAACACCAAAGACUUAUAACUGUAGAGAUAAUUAGCCAAGUAUGGGAAAAUAUUACACCUUAAACAUUUUUAUACUGAUGUUUAACAUUAGACUUACGACUGGAGAAGUAGGCUACGUUUGGAGAAAUUGGAAACUGAUUUUACAGGGUUCUCAAUUGUGCGUGCUAAUGUGUAGAAUAUCUUCAACUUUCGCUUGUUGGAACUUGUUACCGAGAAAGUAUUUCAGUGAACGAUAAAUGGGUUAAUUCAUGUAUCUAGGAGUUUUGGAUAUAUAAUAUCAUGUCGGUACUUGGAGGUGGACGAGAAAUCGACAAAAAUUCGUGCAGUAGGCUGGUUAUCGAGAAAAUAAUCCGUUUUCCUGAAAGGAGAUUGAAAUGGAUAUUUAUAAUUCUAGCAACUUUGAGUAUAGGUAUGUGCUUUUAUGAGUCAGGUAUUAUGAAGAACAGUUACAUACCGUACUAUGAGUCUAAUUUCUCUAGUCAACAUGGACAACUUCCGAAUAAGAGUACCAGAAAUCCGAACAGAAGUAAUAUUUAUGAAGACAAGAGUUUACAAUUUCUUCUAAUGAAAAGUAAUUUGACAGAAAGUUCCGAAAUGAGGUAGGACUCGUGCUUGAAUUGUAGGACGUAGAUUAAAUGUUUUAAAAGUUCAUUUGAAGAAAAAUAUACAAUCAAGAAACGUUUCCGCUACAAACGCCUGGCACUACUACUGUUUAAAUCCAUGGGUAGCAGCAGCAGCAGCAGUAGUAGUAGUAGUAGGCUAGUAUUCACGAAUACGUUGUUCAUGCCAUACUUGUUGUGUUUUACACGGUCUGAGUGGAGAUUAAUAUUAAAUUUUCAGCUUUCAGUAAAUAUUUCAUGAAAAUAAAAAUAGGGAAUACUGUAGGCUUGCAACAAAUUAAACGCUAUCAUUAUAGAUAGCGGUCUCAGCAGAAGUUUAAAUAAUUUGUUCAGAUUUCCCAAUUUUGUGAAUUCUGUGAUAUACUGGCAUCUUUGUUCCCUACAUGCAAAAAUCAAAGUAGAACAAUCAAUGAACUAAUUCCAUUGAAAUAAAUCGAAAAUGUAUUCAUAGAGUAUAAUCACCCGUACUUAUUCAAACAACGAUAAUAAUUUUGAAAAAAGGGCAUUUCAAUGCGCAUUGUGAAGUGCGCAUCGUACCGUGGUACAAAGCUUGAAUAACUCGCACGAUUUCAAGACCCUUGGCUUUCAGGAAUUCUUGUUUUGGUACAAAGGUUAAAUAAAGAACACUAAUGAAUGAAUUCAAACGGUUUCAAGACCCUUAGCUUUCAGCAAUUUUUUUUUUCUGCAAAUGAUAUAAAGGUGUAAUUUCUGAAUAAAUAAAUGAAUAUACAUACAUAUAUGAAGGUGGGUUCUGGGUAUAUGACCAGAGAACCCAGAAGAUUGAGUGUGUAUAAAUAAAACACUCAAGCGACUGAUUUUCUUCUUUAAAUAAUAUUUUAAAAUUGAAGUCAGUGUAGUUUUAGCAAUGUUCUAUUUUGUUAUUAAUCAUCUUAAUUCAUAUUAGCCUGGUUCUCACGAGAAACUGGAAAUUGUAAACGCGUACGUGUGAUUGGUUGAUGAUAAAAACGCGCUCAACUUGAUAACCUAUAACGCUUGCUAACCGUUAGCGGUAUCCGGAUGAUGCUAACUGUUAGCGCUAACCGAUCGGGCGUUCUCACGCAGAGGUGCUAACGGCUAGCGCUAACAGUUAGCUCCCGAUCCGGAUACUAGGGCUCUUGUGAGAACCAGACUUACAAUUUCCAGUUUCUUAUUGGCCAGUGAUUCGAUCAUCAUAUUUUUGGUAUCCGGAUCGGGAUU